GUUCGAUACAAUAGAAUGACAGAGUAUGGGAAAACAAAAAGGCGGCAGUAAUGUCGACAAAGUGAAGGCGACAUCCAAAACUACCGCAAGUGCAAGCAAUUCAUCCGUACAGGAUGAUGUCCGUUUUCCUGCUAUCGGCGGACAAAAGCAUGCAAGAACGCUUGAAUCUCCACAAGUUUUGGUAGCUGAUCAAGUAUUGUUGUACCCUAACACGUUGACGAAUUCUGAAUGUGAAUCAUUGAUUGGAAUGUUUGAUUCAGACAACCUAAAAAUGCAAGCGUCACCACCGGCAAAGAAAGGUGAAGCAGAACGAACAAACUUCCGAUUUUCCACCGUUUCACCAAAAUUUGCCAAAGAGCUGUAUGAAUCAACAGGUCUUUCAAAAGUUGUUGCAGAUUGGCCAAGUGUGUUUCCUAAAAUGAACGCUAAACCUGUCGGAUUAUCAUCCAACAUACGAAUCUAUCGAUAUGAUCCAGGUGCAAUCUUUGCUUGUCAUUAUGAUGAUCAUUCGAUCGAUCCACAUUUUGGACCUUCUUGGGGCAAAACGGAAUGGACACUAUUGGUCUACCUUACCGGAGAACCUGAAGUACAAGGCGGACAAACUGUAUUCUACAAAGGUCAUACAAGACCAAAAGAUGGAAUCCAAUCAGAAAAUGCAAUCGUUGCUCCAUUGAUGAAGGGUGCGGCUUUAUUGCAUCGACAUGGAAAGGCAUGUAUGCUACACGAAGCCUUACCGCCUACAAAAGGCACCAAAUGGGUCUUACGAUCCGAUCUCGUCUUUGGAACAUCAUGAACACGUUGUUGAGAAUAUGUAGCAUAUCAGUAGUUUAUCUAAAAUGUUAAUUAUACU